AGUUUUAUGAUAUAAGUUGAUCAUUAUACAGUUUGAAUAUUACUUUUCUUAAGAUAUGAUUUACAAAAUAUAUUCUCUUGUUUUAAUUCUUGUAAUUAAUUUUUAUUUUGGUGAUGUCUUUGGAAACACAAUUUUAAUUGGCCAAGAACCUGCCAUACAUAUUAUAAAUAUGAAAGAGAAAACGAUUUUUAAUUAUGACGCUAAAAUGAUUACUAAGUCUGGUUGUUUAAAAUCUUCAACAGUUCUACAGUGUGGACCUUUAGCGAUCGAUUUUGUAAAUAAGAAAAAAGUUUUUGCAGAAAUUUUUUUGAAUUAUAAAGAACAAGUUGUUGAAAAUCCAAAAAUCAUGAUAAAUCUUAAAAUCACUUUCACAGAAAAAUACAUUACUUUAAGUCCCAAAAUAACUUCUAAAAAUUUUUCAUACGACGAAGUUGGAAUUCAACAAUUGCAGGAAUCUAUUCAAAUUUUAAACAAUAAAAUUCAAUUCAAAGUUAUUAAAAUCUUUGAGAGUAAUCUUUCUAGUAAUAGAGCUUUAGCUCAUUCUAGGGUUUAUGAUAAUCAUUUAAAAAUAAAACUAGAUAUGAUAAAAAAUUUGUCUUCAUGGAAAUAUGUCAAAGAGGAGAAAGUUCUCAUUACUUGUUCUUCUACUUUUACUCUAUCUAAUAUAACACUUGAAGAUUUCAUCAAUAACUCAACUAUGUAUAAAAAAAAUGUUGCAUCUACUAUCGAUGAAGCAGAAAAAAUUAUGGAUGAUCGAACUUUUAAGUAUGCGUGUUUACUAGUCGUAUAUACCUAUAUGACACUAAAACUUGAUAAUGAUGAAGCAAUAAAUUGGGUAUCAUUUAAAAAUGUUUGUACACAAUUGAGAAAUGCACAAAUUAAAUCGAAAUACAUCAAUAACAUACUUUUUGACCUACGUGUUGAUUUUGAUGUAUUAAAACCUAAUGAACCACAAUUAUGUCAGAAAAUUAUCGAAUGCUUGAUGGAUAAAUACUUAAUAUUAUUCAAAAUAAGUUUAGAAAAUACAGUCCUAUUACCACAAGAUUUAUUUACAAAAGCAUAUCAUGAUUUUCUCAAACCUCCAGAAAACAACGACAUCUCAUACGAUUUUACAACAGAAUUAUUUGUCAUAAAGAAAAAAUUGAAGACAAUUGUUAGAUUAAUUACCACAGAAUACAGUUCAUUUUUGUCAAAAGAUUAUAAAGAGAUUUUAAAUGAUUCUUACUCAUGAUUCUAUCAUCAUGUAAAACUUAUGUAAUCGAAAAAUAAAAUAAA